AUGAUGGACAUGCGUUCAGAGACGAAGACAGAUCAGGCAACCAUGGCGGACCUUGCUGACAAGGAUGCUGCGGUCACCAAUGCCAUCGCUUUGAUCCAAUCAAAGGUGGCAGCUUUAUUGUUAUUUUUUCGUUGGACUCGUUUCCACCCGCAAUGCACCAACAAAAAACGCCGACUUCUUUGGAGUCCGCUUUGA